AACACAUCCGAUACGGUCAUACUAAACCUGUGCAUUUCGAAAAAACGUGCGGAUUUUUUUUACUUUUUUUGGGAAUUGUAUCCUGUUGAUAUAUCCAAAAAUUAAUUUACAAAAUGGGUGGCCAGGGCAAGGCGAUCAACCGGAAGCGGAAAUUUGUGGGCCGCAAGGCGGAUGAUCCGGAAUUUGAUCUGGACAAGAAGCAGUUCAAGGUGCUCCAUUUGAAUGCCAGCGAAAAGCGGCUGAUUAUCGUUUUGGAGGGAGCCCAACUGGAGACAGUAAAGGUACACAACACCUUUGAGCUGCUGAAUUGCGACGAUCAUGCGGGCAUUAUGCGCAAAAACCAAAGGGAUCCGGGAUCCUGUCGUCCGGACAUCACCCACCAGUGCCUGUUGAUGCUCUUCGAUUCCCCACUUAAUCGGGCCGGUCUUCUCCAGGUUUUCGUGCGCACGGAGCACAAUGUCCUGAUCGAAAUCAAUCCACAGACCCGUAUUCCGAGAACCUUUAAGCGCUUUGCGGGAUUGAUGGUCCAACUGCUGCACAAGUUUCAGAUCAGAGCGAAUGACUCGUCGCGCAGAUUGAUGAGUGUGAUCAAGAAUCCAAUCACGGAUCAUGUGCCCGUCGGAUGCAAAAAGUACGCCAUGAGCUUCUCCGGCAAGUUGGUGGCCAACUGCAGGGAUUUGGUGCCACAUGGCGAGGAGGGCAGUGCCACAUAUGACGAACCCGUGGUCAUUGUCAUCGGAGCCUUUGCCCAUGGCGUCCUAAAGACGGACUACACGGAGGAGCUCUUCUCCAUCAGCAACUAUCCACUUUCGGCGGCCAUCGCGUGCUCCAAACUCUGCUCCGCCUUCGAGGAGGUCUGGGGCGUGGUCUAGCCCAAAUGUUAAUUGUUUAAUUAGAUUAGUCAUAGCUAAUAGUUAGUCUACAUCUUUCUUUUUUAAUACCCAUUAAAUUUGGUGGAAUUUCCAAGCCCACAAACCUCGAUUUCAA